CAGACUAACGGGUUAAUAAGCAGGCAAGAUAAGAAUAAUGACAAGCUACACUUGAAAUAAUCGUGAUUCAUAUGUUUUCCUAUCAGUACCUAUAUAAAGCAAACCGCGUGAAUAAUCGGCUCUCAGUAUUGCAGAUCGUUGGGUUGGCAUUCGCAUCCUCAACAAGAUGGCAGUAUCUUUUGCAAUUUUACUAUUGCAAAUAAUUUGUGUGAUGUAUGUAGGAGGCGAGAAACUUGGCUCUCAGAUGGAAGAUGAUUUGAAAACGGCUCCAUUACAGGUUUUGGUUGUACAUAAGCAGGGAUUGGAUUCAAACAGUUCUAAGUGCACAGGAGCUCUAGUGAGAAACGAUGUAAUUAUUACAUCUGCUCUUUGUAUUUCCCAGCUAUCGAAGAAUCCGAACGAGUUGCUAGUUCUCAAUGGACUGGUUCCGAACCAGACCUAUUCCUACAAUACUACAAUAACGGAGAUCAUUCCUCAUCCCAUCGCAAGUAAUGCAUAUUCUGCAGACAAUAAUAUAGCAUUAGUACACUUGAACAAAACCUUCUCUUCAAAGCCGAUAUCCUUGCCAGUGAAUACGCCAGAAGAAAAUACUAAAUGCACAGCGUACAGCUACAGAGAGAAGUCCCCGGUUGAAAUAGAUGUGGAUGUUAGUUGCGUUCAUCAGUGCCAGAGAGCCUACAAUGCAUCCACGCCUCGCUAUGAUGUUAACAUCAAAACAAUGCUUUGUGUCAACGACACCAAAAAGAGGAAUGUCAUCUGUGAGGAGGAUGUUGGAGCAUCUUUGGUAUGCGGCAAUCAUUUAUCUGGACUAGCUAUCUACACACAGGAAUGCAAGAACUCCAGUAUGACAUCAGUAUAUGUCAGCAUCACCCCUUACGUCAAAUGGAUUGAUAGCACUAUCAAAAACUCAUGGCCUACCAACUCAUCAACCUCAAAAAACUCAUCAACCGCCAAUUCUAUGAGCUCUUUAUCUGUGAUCAUUGGCACUAUAAUUUCUUUUUCAAUUUCAAAACUCCUGGCUAAAUGAAUAAGUUAAUUAAGAAAGUAUAUUCCUGUGUUAUAUUUAUUAUUUCAAAAGAUCACAGACUUCGUAAAAGAAAUAGCAUAAUUUUAAAUCAUUUUUUUACAAAAAUCAUCUCAUGUAUUGCCAAGCAAGCAUUAAAUCUUUAUUACUAGAAAA